CUCCACGGUAUCAAGAACCAUGUUUCUUUCACUCACUAUUAUAUCCCCAGAAUGCAGCACAAUGCCAAGCACAUGAAACUAUGUGAAGCAAUACUCUCUCGGGAUUUCAAAAGACAUCAUUUCAUCAUGGGACAACAAAUUUCGGAUCAGACACAACUGGUUCUUAACAAGUUACCAGAAAAAGUAGCAAAACAUGUCACAUUGGUUCGAGAAAGUGGCUCCUUAACUUACGAAGAAUUUCUUGGGAGAGUAGCUGAACUUAAUGAUGUAACUGCUAAAGUGGCUUCUGGCCAGGAGAAACAUCUUCUCUUCGAGGUGCAACCUGGGUCUGACUCUUCUGCCUUUUGGAAAGUGAUAGUACGGGUGGUCUGUACCAAGAUUAACAAAAGCCGUGGCAUUGUGGAAGCAUCACGGAUUAUGAAUUUGUACCAAUUUAUGCAGCUUUAUAAAGACAUCACUAGUCAAGCAGCAGGAGUAUUGGCACAGAGCUCCACCUCUGAAGACCCUGAUGAAAACUCAUCAUCUGUAACAUCUUGUCAGGCCAGUCUUUGGAUGGGAAGGGUGAAGCAGCUGACUGAUGAGGAGGAAUGUUGUAUCUGCAUGGAUGGUCGUGCUGACCUCAUCCUGCCUUGUGCUCACAGCUUUUGUCAGAAGUGCAUUGAUAAAUGGAGUGAUCGACACAGGAAUUGCCCUAUUUGCCGCCUGCAGAUGACUGGAGCAAAUGAAUCUUGGGUGGUGUCAGAUGCACCCACUGAAGAUGAUAUGGCUAACUAUAUUCUCAACAUGGCUGAUGAGGCGGGCCAGCCCCACAGACCGUGACUGUGGGGCGAAGUGUGUCGUUGCUGUGUGGGCUGUAAAUACUGGGUCAUGGGGAAGGAAUGCAGGGAUGUGGUGGCACAGGCGCAGAGAACUCCGUUUUCCCCACUCGUUUCUUUUUGCUUUUCUGACAGUUUGUCCCAUUUUUUUUGAUAAACUUUUCAUGUCUUCCAUUUAUGGUAAACUAAAAUGUGCUACUGUUUUAGACCAUAUUUUUCUAUUAUUUAUCUGUUCUAAUAUAGCAUAUUAAACUAACUGCUCUUGAAUCCUUUGCUGAGGUAACAGCAACAUUUCCAGAGGCUUCUGAAACACUACUAUUUUUCAGGGUAGGAGCAUUCUGGAAUCUGUCUAGUUAGGUUUAAAAUAAACCAUGAGCCCUGGCCAGUGUGGCUCAGUGAUUAGAGUGUUGUCCCAUACACCUAAGGGUCAUGGGUUCGAUUCCCAGUCAGGGCACAUACCCAGG